GUGACAGCUGCAGCUGGACACCUUUGUAAGAAGUGUCUCCCACACUCACAGAGCAUGAGUUCGAGCAGUGGAUUGGCUGUCACCCUCACCCAUGGCAGUGAGAAACACAAGCUCCAAUUGGUUGGUCAGGAAGAAAAUAAUGAGCCUACUGUGCAAGACAUGGCAUUGUCUGUGGAACAAGUCACAGGUGUUCCAAUUGCAUCUCAGAAAUUAAUAUUCAAAGGGAAAUCUCUUAAAGAAAUGGAGCAGACAUUGUCAUCAUUGGGUAUCAAAAAUGGCUGCAAGGUCAUGUUAAUUGGGAAAAAGAAUUGUCCAGAGGAGGAUUCAGAACUAAAAAAACUGCGAGAUCUGGAAAAGUCUGUUGAACAGAUGGCAACCAAACUGGAUGAUGUUAACAAGGAGCUCUCCGGAAUCCAGAAGGGUUUCCUUAAUAAAACUCUUCAAGAAGAAGCACUUGGUAAACUUGACAAGAGAAUAAAGUCGACUGUGGAGCAGUUCAUGAAAAUACUUGAACAGAUUGAUGCCAUGACCGUGCCAGACAAUUUUAGUGACUGUAGAAUGAAAAGAAAAGGAUUAGUCAAAAAAGUUCAGGGUCUCCUUGCCCAGUGUGACACAGUUGAAGGAAAUAUAAGUCAAGAAAUGGAUAAACUCCAGUGUAAGAACUUGGCACUUUCAAAGUAAAUGUCUGUUUUAAUUGUGUGUCGAUGGAAUAAAAUAAUUGCUCUAUGAGCAAGAAAAACUGUAGGAAGAUUAAAGAAAACAAAACAUGUUUGCUCUUUGUUUUGGAGCAAAUAUCCUGUUUUUAUUUCAAUGUAUUUUUUUUUUUUUUGGUUGUAUUAGUACUUUUGUUUGCUUGGAUGAAACCUGCUGCUAUAUUCUAUUUGGAUGCAAAAAAAUGCAGAUAAGGCAAAUUGCUUGAUAGAAGUGGUUGUUACACUCUAGAGAGGUGGACCAAUAAAUAAUUUGCCUACAGGUAAAGAAAGGAGUGUUGUCAUUGACAAUGACCUAAUAACUCAUUUUUACUAUUUGGGAAUAAUAUUAAAUACACAUUCAAAUCAGAGUUAGCUCCCACUCCCUCCAUAUAGUCCUAUUUUGGCCUAGAUGUUGCUCAAAUCAGUGUUUAGUGAAUAUAUGAUACUGAUGUUUACUCAUAAUUUCAUUUUACAAACAUUCUACGAAGACCUAAAACAUUAAAUGCAAGCAUGUCUUAGAUGAAAAAAGGUUUCUAAUGAGUAAAACAUUGUCAAAUUCUAGAUAUCCCCUGCAUGUAAACUAGUGAACGGGUAAAACACUUAGGAAUACAUAUUAAAUAUUUUGAUAUGGAGAGAGAACCUUUUCAAAGUAGGACAAAAUGGAUAUAUGUGUGUUAUUGAUAUACUUAACGGGACACUCCAGACCCCUGGAGCAUUAUGUGUGUAGUGUGUCCCGUUUUAUUAUUUUCUUUUUUGCAAAAAUUGCAGAUUUCAAUAAAUUGUCACUUUUAUAAAUUAACUAACCUUGUUGCACCACCCCCCACCCACCUGGGGGUUUGCUCAGCUCAGUGGAGAUAUUGCCCAGAGCACACGCCUUGCAAAGACUUGAGCUGUAUUGGGAAGUCUGUAAUUGGACAGCCAUAGAAAGUCUGGGCUGGGUUAAAAGGUGAGGGCAUGCAGAGGCUUCAGAUAAGGCUUUUGCAAACAGUGUACCCGCAAUGAAAAAAUGCAUACAUGUUUUUAUAUAUCUAUAUCUGUACAUCUCCUAUACAGUGAAUUUUAUUUCUGUUGGAUUUUUUUUUUUCAAUAGAAGAUUUCAGAGACAUGAAAAACAUGGAGGGAAAAUACAAUCAUGUUUUCUUUGAGUGUAGAUACUAAAUAGUUAUAAAUAAAUGCAAUUCAGCAGAGUGUUCCUUUUAAAAUCCAAGAUAACUUAAAUAAAAUGGUAAUUUUUCCCAA